AUGGUUGUUUUACGUGAACUCUAUUAUGUAAUAACUUUGUUUAACUUCAUUGGCACUAACGGCGAGAGUUCCAACAUUUCUAUCAUAAAAUCGCAUUUUUAUGGACUGAGAAUAGAACGAGAACUUGAUGGCGAAUAUUUUAACUUUGUUACUCGAUUGGCUCGAAAUGAGAAAGCACAGCAGCUAGUUGUUUUUGGAAGCAAUCUGUCAAGUGUUAGUCAGUUUUGGUUUUCCACUGAUCCAACUUGUUCGCCGGAAAAAAGAAAUCAUUCAGCAUAUUUGAAUGUACAAAUCAUGAAACACAUUGAUAGUAACGUUCUACAGUGUUCUGUUGAUACUUUAAAAUCAAACAUAACGAGAUCAAUGCAGCUGUGCGUUGAUCCUCCAGAACUAUUGCCUGAUAUUAGAAUACAAAAUAUGGAAUUUACACAGAUAAUUCUGGAAGAAUCAGCGGUCUCAUUGUUUCCCACUUAUGUUCAAAUUAUAAUGAUUGUUAUUUCUGCAACCCUUAGUGCUAUAUUUUCGGGUCUUACUACUGGUCUUAUGGCAUUAAGCACUGAUGAUUUAAAGCUCAUAGCAGAAGGUAGCGAUGAUAAGAAUGAACGGGAAUACGCUUCUAAUAUUUUACCUUUACGAGUACGUGGAAAUUUCUUACUCUGCUCGAUUGUGCUGGGAAAUACAGUUUGUAAUACAACAGUAACUUUACUUAUCAGCGAUAUGUGUGAAAUGGUCGAUGAAUUUUACAUUAAUAUGAUAUUAUCUUUGAUAAUUCCAACAGCUAUAAUAACUUUGUUCGGUGACAUCGUUCCUCAAGCUGUGUGCGCACGGCAUGCUUUAUCAAUUGGUAGUCGAACUCGUUAUUUGACAAUAUUUUUUAUGGUACUUUCUUCGCCAAUUUCUUAUCCAUUUUCUAUUGUUCUUGACUGCUUACUCGGUAAAGAAGGACGUGAUGUAUACGACUGUAAAGCGUUACGUGCACUAAUUACAAUGCAACGAGAUUUAACAAAAGGAAAUUUAUCUGAUCAUAUGGAUGGCGAAACAACAGAUUUAGUCUUAGCCGCUUUUGAUCUGCCUGAAAAAGUCGUCAAAUCAGUAAUGACGCCAAUUGAAAAGAUAUUCAUGCUGUCCGAUCAAAGUAUCAUUGAUCAAAAUUUGCUAAAAACAAUUGCUGCUAAAGGUCGAACUCGGAUUCCAAUUUACAGUGGAAGUGAUCGCAAUAUGGUGACAGCAGUGUUGAAUAUGAAAGAUUUGCUACCAUUUUGUAAAACAAAUUUUCUCAAAGUUGGUACAGUAGCACAACUGUGGCAACGUAGCAGUCAAUUUCGUUUUAUUGUUGAUAGUAUGCCAGUCCUGCAAUUGCUUAUGGAAAUGAGAAAUGGUGUGCAUAUUGCUUUGGUAGUUAUUUUUGAUGAGCAAAAACGAGACUAUAUCGUUCAAGGUCUUGUUACACUCGAAGAUCUUGUCGAAGAGGUCAUUCUAUUAUUACUAUUUAAUAAUAAUGAUAAUAAUAAUAAUGUGAUAAUAGUAGUUGGAGAAAUUUUUGAUGAGCAAGAUGUUAAAAUUCGACGAGCAGCUUUUUCAGUUCGUAACUCUCGAAGAACUUUAUCAGCUCCGUGA